AACAAGUUAGAUAUUUACUACAGUCCUAACAGUUUACAGUGACGAACAUGUUUUUUUCAAGUAUGAAAAGAUUUCCAUUUGUAUCGGCUGAUGUAGUUUUUCGAGUGUUUUUGUGCGUUGUCAUGUUAUCCAGAUGUGGUUAAUAACUCCAAGACAUGCAGAAGUUCCCCUAACCACAUAACAUAGAGCGCAUGCGCAGUAGCGCAGCAAGCGAUUGGGUGAGGACGGCGCGCGAACAACAAAACGUUUGUUAAAAUCCCCUUUUUUUUUUUUACCGCAUUCAGGUUGGAGACUAGAGGCUGUAGACUGAUAGAUACAUAUGCCGUUAAAUGAAAGUUCCUAAAAAAUAAACGCAAAUAUGCCGAUCAAUAAAGUUGAAGAAAUCACGGACAAGUUAGAGAGCUGUCUGUCUAUAGACACAAAGAAGAUGGACAAAUACACAAGGUAUCAACAGGAAGGAAAGGAGGCUGUCAAGCGUGAUGAUCUGCCUCACGCCCUUAAGCUGUUUCAACUGGCUUACCAGCUGCAGCCGAGUGACAAGCUGAAGAAAUGGAUUCAGGCCAUACAGGAUCGCAUUCAGAGAGAUGUGGAGGAAGAUGAGGAAGAGGAUGAAUUUGUGGAUGUGAAUGAUAGUGGAUUGAAGCUUUAUAAAGUGCUUUACAAUCAAUUGUAUGACCAUCAGAAAGAGGGUGUGGCAUUCCUGUACAGUCUCCACCGCGACGGAAGGAAAGGAGGAAUCCUGGCUGACGACAUGGGCCUUGGCAAGACCAUUCAGGUCAUUUCAUUUUUGUCAGGAAUGUAUGAUGCAGAGUUGGCCAAUCAUACCCUGUUAGUCAUGCCUACCUCACUCAUACAGAACUGGGUACGUGAGUUCAAGAAGUGGUCUCCUGGCAUUAGGGUGAAAGUGUUUCACGGUACCAACAAAGCUGAGCGGAACAGGAACCUGGAGCAAAUCCAGCGCAGAGGAGGAGUCAUCAUUACCACCUACCAGAUGCUCAUCAACAACUAUGAGCAGCUUGCAUCAUAUGAUCAAUGUAAGUUCGAAUGGGGCUAUGUCAUCCUGGACGAGGCCCAUAAAAUCAAAACCCCAUCCACUAAAACUGCUAAAAGCGUUCGUGCCAUCCCCGCACAACACCGUGUGCUACUUACGGGCACUCCAGUUCAGAAUAACCUACAAGAGAUGUGGGCUCUGUAUGAAUUUGCUUGCCAGGGGUCGCUUCUGGGAACCUACAAAACAUUCAAAACAGAGUAUGAGAAUCCCAUCACACGUGCAAGGGAGAAAGACGCCACUCCAGAAGAGAAAGCUCUUGGACUGAAGAUUUCCCAGAACUUGAUUGACAUCAUCAAACCUUAUUUUCUCAGGCGGACCAAAGCAGAUGUUCAGCACAAAAAGGAUAAACGUGAAGAAGGCUAUGAAGACGAGGUAGAUCAAGAGAACCAAUGUCCAAAUGCUGGCAAAGGCAUUGAAAUGCCAUCGUUAACACGAAAGAACGAUCUCAUCGUGUGGACGUACCUCAACUCGAUUCAGGAGGACAUUUAUAAACAGUUCACCUCACUGGACCAUAUUAAGGAGUUGCGGACGACUAACAGAUCGCCACUGUCUGAGCUUGUGGAGUUAAAAAAGAUCUGUGACCAUCCCAGGCUCCUGUCUAAUCGAGCUGUGACUCAACUAGGCCUGGAGCAAAGUUCUGCCUCUAUCCAUCCAUCCGACCUCUCAGAUGAGACUUUGGUUGCAGAGUCAGGGAAGCUGCAGUUUCUCGUAUCUCUAAUGGAAUGUCUCCGUGAAGAGGGCCAUCGGACCCUGAUCUUCUCCCAGUCAAGGAAGAUGUUAGAUAUCAUAGCGCAUGUCCUGCUUAAAAGAAACUUUCAGAUUCUGCGCUUGGAUGGCACAGUGACGAAACUGGCAGAAAGGGAGAAGCGUAUCAAGUUGUUCCAGACAAAGAAACGCUACACAAUCUUUCUUCUCACCACUCAGGUUGGUGGAGUCGGCGUCACGUUAACCGCAGCAAACCGUGUCGUGAUCUUUGACCCCAGCUGGAACCCUGCAACAGAUGCUCAGGCUGUGGACCGUGCCUACCGAAUUGGCCAAUCCAAAAAUGUCAUCAUCUAUAGACUCAUCACCUGUGGCACUGUGGAGGAGAAAAUCUACCGCAGACAGGUGUUUAAAGAGUCUCUCAUCCGGCAGUCAACCGGCGAUAAGAAGAACCCUUUCCGUUACUUUAGUAAGCAGGAGCUGCAUGAACUGUUUAAUCUCGAAGACACACGCUCGUCCACCACUCAGCAGCAGCUUCAGGCAAUGCACGCACACCACCGCCGCUCUGACACAAGCCUGGACCAGCACAUCGCUCGCCUUCACACCAUGGAGAUGUGUGGCAUCUCUGAUCAUGACCUCAUGUUCACUAAAGAGGUGGCAGCUAAUGAAGAUGACCCAGAGGAUGAAGAGUCACAUAAGUACAUACAAACACGUGUCCAGAAAGCACAAGAGCUCAUGCAGGUGGAAUCAGAACUGCAUUGCCAGUUCAAGGACAACGUGGCCCAGAACAUCGAACCUGCUCAAACAGGGCAACUGAAAUCUGCUAGAAGAGACUUCCCAGCCCCUCCAUGUAUCAAAAACAAGCUGGUGACAGUGGAUGUGACAUAUGACUUCUUUGAUGAGCCAGAAAUAGAGGAAGAUGAGCAGAACUUUCCAACAGUUGAGGAUGCAAAGAUGGAAAAUGUAAGUGAAGAAGAACAAAUUGUAGAUAAAGAAGACCAAGUGAAAACUGAGUCGCCUUGGUCUGGUGGAGAAAGAAACGUGCAAGUUAGUCCUGCUGCUGACAAGCUAGCUGAUACUGUCAUCACGCUGGAUGACAGUUUAGAUGAGGAGGAUGUGUUGUAUGAUAAUGGAGCAUCAGAGAAACGAAAAUCUGUUCACGACAUGCCAAGUACUUCUUGCCAUUUUCCAAAGUUGGAAGAGCUUUCGAUAGCAUCUGAUGCUGUUGAUAACCAAGAGGUCCAGGUGGACAAGCCCAAUUCAAUGAUGCUUUCGUCACCUCAAUCUCCACAUGAUGCCACAGCGGGAGAGUCUUUUAAAGCAGAUGUGGAAAUGCUUCAGGGAAACUUGCAGCUAGAGGACAGUGCAAAUAUGUUCUCUGUUGAAGAAGAGGAAGGUUGUGAUGUGGAUGAAUCACUAGCAGAGGAAAGUCCUGAGUUUCAGCUUCAGAUGGAUGUCAGUGGAGAAAGGCUGGAAGAAGCAAGCAUCCAUGAAAGCAGCAGACAUUAUGGUAAACCAAACAAUGGUGAAAUCAGUAAAUGCAACGACAGUGAGAUCUUGAAUCCUAGCAUUUGUGAAGUCAGCAAGCAUGAAUCUCUUCUGACAAUCCGUUCUGCUCCGGAUACACCUUCGGAAGACUCAUUUGUGCAUUCAGUUCGGAAUAGGAAAAGGCAGAUAAUUUCUGAUACUGAUGAAGAAGAGGAGGAUUCAGAAAAGCCAUGUAUAACAGGCAGCCCAUUGGCUGAUGGUCUCAACAGGCUGGGUUGUUUAACACCAAAAUCCACUUUGACUGACAGUAGCCGACUUUGGCGAAGCCUGAACACUUCUGUGGCAUCAAGAAGGUCCUUCAUAGUGUCCAUGCUGGAGAAUGACUCUGAUGAGGAGUCAGAAGAGCCCAGUGAAAAUAAAACCAAAUCCUAUGAGACCUCUGAAGCCAGUGAAUCUCAUGCAGAUGACUCCGUGGUGGAAGAGGAGGAGCCCAGUGUAGGUAAAAACAAAUCCUUUGAGACCUCUGAAGCCAGUGAAACUCAUGCAGAUGACUCCAUGGUGGAAGAUGAGGAGCAGAGUGGAGGCAAAACCAAAUCCUAUGAGACCUCUGAAGCCAGUGAAACUCAUGCAGAUGACUCAGUGGUGGAAGAUGAUGAGCAGAGUGGAGGCAAAACCAAAUCCUAUGAGACCUCUGAAGCCAGUGAAACUCAUGCAGAUGACUCCGUGGUGGAAGAUGAGGAGCAGAGUGGAGGCAAAACCAAAUCCUAUGAGGCCUCUGAAGCCAGUGAAACUCAUGCAGAUGACUCAGUGGUGGAAGAUGAUGAGCAGAGUGGAGGCAAAACCAAAUCCUAUGAGGCCUCUGAAGCCAGUGAAUCUCAUGCAGAUGACUCCGUGGUGGAAGAUGAGGAGCCCAGUGGAGGCAAAACCAAAUCCUAUAAGGCCUCUGAAGCCAGUGAAACUCAUGCAGAUGACUCCAUGGUGGAAGAUGAGGAGCCCAGUGUAGGCAAAACCAAAUCCUAUGAGGCCUCUGAAGCCAGUGAAACUCAUGCAGAUGACUCCGUGGUGGAAGAUGAGGAGCCCAGUGGAGGCAAAACCAAAUCCUAUAAGGCCUCUGAAGCCAGUGAAACUCAUGCAGAUGACUCCAUGGUGGAAGAUGAGGAGCCCAGUGUAGGCAAAACCAAAUCCUAUGAGGCCUCUGAAGCCAGUGAAACUCAUGCAGAUGACUCCAUGGUGGAAGAUGAGGAGCCCAGUGGAGGCAAAACCAAAUCCUAUAAGGCCUCUGAAGCCAGUGAAACUCAUGCAGAUGACUCCAAGGUGGAAGAUGAGGAGCCCAGUGGAGGCAAAACCAAAUCCUAUAAGGCCUCUGAAGCCAGUGAAACUCAUGCAGAUGACUCCGUGGUGGAAGAGGAGGAGCCCAGUUUAGGCAAAAACAAAUCCUUUGAGGCCUCUGAAGCCAGUGAAUCUCAUGCAAAUGACUCCGUGGUGGAAGAUGAGGAGCCAAGUGGAGGCAAAACCAAAUACUAUGAGACCUCUGAAGCCAGUGAAACUCAUGCAGAUGACUCCGUGAUGGAGGAGGAGGAGGACAGUGGAGGCAAAACCAAAUCCUAUGAAGCCUCUGAAGCCAGUGAAACUCAUGCAGAUGACUCCGUGAUGGAGGAGGAAGAGGACAGUGGAGGCAAAACCAAAUCCUAUGAAGCCUCUGAAGCCAGUGAAACUCAUGCAGAUGACUCCGUGAUGGAGGAGGAGGAGGACAGUGGAGGCAAAACCAAAUCCUAUGAAGCCUCUGAAGCCAGUGAAACUCAUGCAGAUGACUCCGUGAUGGAGGAGGAGGAGGAGAGUGGAGGCAAAACCAAAUCCUUUGAGGCCUCUGAAGCCAGUGAAACUCAUGCAGAUGACUCCGUGAUGGAGGAGGAAGAGGACAGUGGAGGCAAAACCAAAUCCUAUGAAGCCUCUGAAGCCAGUGAAACUCAUGCAGAUGACUCCGUGAUGGAGGAGGAGGAGGACAGUGGAGGCAAAACCAAAUCCUAUGAAGCCUCUGAAGCCAGUGAAACUCAUGCAGAUGACUCCGUGAUGGAGGAGGAGGAGGAGAGUGGAGGCAAAACCAAAUCCUUUGAGGCCUCUGAAGCCAGUGAAACUCAUGCAGAUGACUCCGUGAUGGAGGAGGAGGAGCACAGUGUAGGCAAAAACAAAUCCUAUGAGGCCUCUGAAGCCAGUGAAACUCAUGCAGAUGACUCUGUGGUGGAAGAGGAGGAGCACAGUGUAGGCAAAAACAAAUCCUAUGAGGCCUCUGAAGCCAGUGAAACUCAUGCAGAUGACUCCAUGGUGGAAGAUGAGGAGCAGAGUGGAGGCAAAUCCAAAUACUAUGAGACCACUGAAGCCAGUGAAACUCAUGCAGAUGAAUCAGCAAUGGGUGAAGAGGAACCCAAUGGAGAUAAAACCAAAUCCAUUCAAAUAUCUGAAGCCAGGGAAUCACAAACUGAUGAGUUGGUGGUGGAAGAAGAGGAACCCAGUCAAGAGACUUUAAACUCAGAGGAGUCCGAAGUUCAUGAAGAGCUUGAAGAGAUAGAAGAAAGUGUAGAUUCAGGAAGAUACCAGGAGGAAGAAGAAUGGCACAGCGCCCUGUUUGAAUCCACUGCUGAAUUUGAACAAGACUCCAAUGAAAUGAUAGACCAGUGUGCCCCUAAAACAUUCCCUCCGGUAACACACAUUCUUCCUGUUAGUUCCACAAGCAGUGAUGUGACUACUUCUAAACCCUCUGAGAACACGUAUGAGAUGCUGGUCCUCUCUGGGAAACAGUGUUUGGCAGAAGGGAGGAAGCAAGAGGCUCUGGAUUUCUUUUUAAAGGCCAUAGACAUUAAUAUUGGUGAUGCUGAGAUCCAGCUAUUGAUUAUCCAUUUGUACAGGCAACUUAGACAAUAGGGAAAUUAAAACAUGCAGCUAUUAAAAGAUUCCUCUGAAUGUUAUUUUUUACUUAGAUUUGUAUGUUUCUUUGGUUUCAAAUGAUCGUAUUCUUAUACAG